AUGAGGACCCAAUUUGGAGUUUUGUGUUUGCUGGCCCAGUGGGUGGUGUACUCUGAUUCUUGGUUCUGGCCCUGGACUGGUUCCACAACUUUGGCUCCAGUGGUGGACCAUGAUGGGUCUGGCAGUCCAACAGGUAGUGGAGAACAGCUAACAGAGGACACAGUUCGAGCAGAAGUCAUUGAUGAGGGACGUGGGAUUCAGAAGGUUAUACAGACUUGGGAUGAGAACACGGAGGCUCCUCCACUGACGAUUCUAAUAGCAACAACACAACCGGAGAAUGACUGGGCAUCAGAAAAGGACACAUGUGGCUCUCAGGGUCCUCUGCCGGUAUUGCCUUGCCGGAGUUUCUGUGAAGUCUUGCGGGACAGUUGCUGGAUGCUCCUGGAUGAGGGACGCCUCCCGGUGGAGUGCCACACUCUACCAGACGAGGAGGAUGAUGGUCAGUACCCAAUAGUCAAUACUCAGUAUGCAGCCAGUAAGAUUAACAAUGUCUUGGUUCCCAUGCACAUCAAACUAAUGUGCAAGAAAAAUGGGGUGAUCAGUGAGCUGAGGGUGGUGGGAGACCCCAGUGCUGCUGCGAGACUCUGCGAAGAGGACGAGGAUGACUCAGAUAUGGCUUCAGGCGAAGGAAGUGGCUAUGAGUCCAGACCCAGACCCACAAAACCAGCUGUGGAGAAACAAAGAUGGACGACUGCUCCUCCGUCUUCUCAGCCCAUUCAGCCACCACCGCUGACCAGGAAACAGGAAGGGGCCCUUACAAGAGAGACAGCAAGUGACUCCCAGCAUGCUUCUGUUUCUGUGGAACCCAGGGUCGGACUUCCUGGGUCAUCAGGACCAGCUGGAGCUAAAGGAGAGAAGGGCGACCGAGGGGACAGAGGAGAGAAAGGAGAUCGUGGUCCAAUUGGGCCAAAGGGAGAGGCAGGCUCUGGCUCCAGCUCACAGGCUGGAACCCAUGGACAGAAGGGCGAACCUGGGGAAAAGGGGACAAAGGGCAGUGCAGGCUUUGGCUACCAAGGAAAGAAGGGUGAGCCUGGCCCCCCUGGGGCCCCCGGCCCCCCCGGCCCUCCAGGGCCAACAAGCGAGCUUUUACUUGGCAGUGAUGGGGUUUCCAGGGUCCCUGUACCCAGAGGACCACCGGGACCAAAGGGUGCCCCAGGCCCUCGAGGACCAUCAGGAGAAGAUGGAGAGCCCGGUGACCCUGGUGAGGAUGGAAAACCUGGUCCUGAUGGCCCCCCAGGCUUCCCAGGAACCUCCGGUGACCCUGGACCCAAAGGAGAAAAGGGAGACCGUGGUGAGGGUCAACCUGGCCCCAGGGGACCCCCAGGACCUCCUGGACCUGCAGGACCAGGAUUUACAUCUACUUUUGUGGACAUGGAAGGCUCAGGGUUCCCUGACUUGGAAUCUAUUCGGGGACUGCCAGGGCCACCAGGUCCCCCUGGUCCCCCUGGUCCCCCCGGACCCUCUACGGGCGGCACAGCAUUGAGUUCUGGGGCAUUUGGACCACCAGGAAAGGAGGGGGCACCUGGCAAACCUGGCUUGCCUGGUCAACCAGGUACCGAUGGCCUCACAGGAGCUCCUGGGCCCAAGGGAGAGAAGGGUGAUUCAGGAGAGCUGGGUCUUCCAGGACCUCUUGGAGAAAAGGGAGCUCGAGGAGACCCUGGUCUACCAGGACCUGCAGGACAGCCCGGACUGGCUGGUCGUCCUGGACCUAUGGGACCAACCGGGCCAGCUGGGCCUCCUGGGCCCCCCGGUCCAAGUUACCGCGUUGGAUUUGAUGACAUGGAGGGAUCUACUGGAGGUUUCAUCGGUAGCCUACCUGGUGUCAGAGGACCAGAAGGAAGACAGGGUCCUCCUGGCUUUCCUGGAAUUCCAGGUAAACCCGGGUUCCCUGGCACACCAGGUCAGAAGGGCAGUGAAGGUCCUGUAGGAAAAGAUGGACAACCAGGGCUGGAUGGCUUCCCUGGAACUACGGGACCACAAGGUGUCAGAGGUGACAAAGGAGAAAGGGGGGAACCAGGUCGCGAUGGAACCGGACUCCCAGGUCCACCAGGUCCUCCUGGACCACCAGGACAAAUAAUCUACCAGACGCCUGACAAUUUGGGUGCUGUAGUUGACAGUGCUGGGCCUCAGGGUGGACCUGGUUUGCCUGGUAGAGCUGGAUUCCCUGGUCCUAUGGGACCAAAGGGUGACAGAGGGGACCCCGGCAUUGCAGGCCAUGGAGUAAAGGGUGAGAAAGGUGAGCCAGGCUCAGUAAUAGGGCCUGAUGGAAAUGUUCUGUAUCCGGAAGGGUUAAGAGGUCUAAAGGGAGACAGAGGACCUUCUGGACCUGUUGGACCCCCUGGCCAGUAUGGGCCUCCUGGAUCAAAGGGUGAAAUUGGAAUGCCUGGCAGACCUGGUCGCCAUGGUGUUAAUGGAUACAAGGGAGAGAAAGGAGAUCCAGGGGCCGGCGCUGGUUAUGCCUACCCAGGAGUCCCCGGCCCACCAGGACCACCAGGACCCCCUGGACCCCCUGGACCAGCCAUUUCUUUAGAUCGCUUCAGUCGCUAUGAUGAAACUUCCAGGAAUUACCCAGUAAUUAAAGGGGAAAAAGGAGAGCGUGGCGAGCGAGGACUUCCAGGAGCAGCCUCUAAUUUUGAUAUUUACACAUUCAAGAAUGAACUGAAGGGAGUGCGUGGAGACCCAGGUGUGAAGGGAGAAAAGGGAGAGCCUGGUGGUGGUUACUAUGACCCACGUUUUGGAGGAGCACAAGGCCCACCAGGGCCUCCUGGCAAACCAGGCCUACCGGGUCCAAAGGGAGAUUCCAUUAUAGGCCUUCCUGGACCCCAGGGACCACCAGGGGCACCAGGGAUUGGUUAUGAUGGGCCUCCAGGUCCUCCAGGACCACCUGGACCUCCAGGAUCUCCCUCACUACCUGGACCAUAUAGGCCCCAUCACUCUAUUAGUGUUCCUGGACCUCCUGGUCCUCCUGGGCCACCUGGAAGUCCUGGUCUCUCCUCUGGUGUUACAGUUUUGAGGUCAUAUGACACCAUGUUUGCUACUGCCAAACACCAGCCAGAGGGCAGCCUCAUCUACAUCAUAGACAAAGCAGACCUGUAUUUAAGAGUGCACAACGGACUGCGGCAAGUCAUGCUUGGAGAUUACAGUCCCUUCUUCAGAGAUCUGGAGAAUGAGGUAGCAGAAGUCCAGCCUCCACCUGUGAUCCUGUACCCCCAGUCCCAGGACCAGUCCCACAACAGUGGAGCUGGGCAUUACUCCGAUGGUGGUUUAGUAAUACGACCAGUUGAGCCUCCACCACACUCACCUGUAGACCCCAGAUACCCGCCACAGUAUGAUCCCAGGUUCCCAGACCUGAGACACACAGGUCAGACAGAUGGAAGAUCAGUCACGCAACACACUGAGAACAGAGACCCUGUGACUCCCCCAAGACGACCCAACCCACCUGUGCCACAUGUGCACACAUCAGGAUUAGGGCUACAUCUCAUCGCCUUGAACGCCCCUCAAACUGGUAACAUGCGAGGAAUUCGCGGAGCAGACUUCCUGUGCUUCCAGCAGGCUCGUGCUGUGGGCCUGAAAGGAACCUUUAGAGCUUUCCUGUCCUCCAAACUUCAAGACCUUUACACCAUCGUACGUAGGUCGGACAGGGACGGCUUCCCCAUUUUGAACCUCAAGGAUCAAGUGUUGUUUAGCAGCUGGGAGUCUAUUUUCAAUGAUGCAAGCAGAAUGAGGGAGAAUGUACCAAUGUACUCCUUUGAUGGUAGAGAUAUCCUCAGGGACAGCGCAUGGCCAGAGAAAAUGGUCUGGCAUGGCUCAAGCAACAAAGGCCACAGGCAAACAGACCACUACUGUGAAACAUGGCGGGCAGGUGACCGUGCUGUAACUGGUCUGGCAUCAUCACUACAGAGCGGCCACCUCCUGCAGCAAACCUCCAGUAGCUGCUCCGGCUCCUACAUCGUCCUCUGCAUUGAGAAUGCCCUCACAUCACAAUCCUACAAAUAAAUCCCCCCGGUCUUUGUUUUUCCUAAUGUUCUGGGCUUUAGUUAAACCGUUUUAAUGUCCAAGCAGACGUUUUCCGUUCCGAUGAUGCCUUGUGAACGUGUGGCAUCUAAUAAACUGGCCGUGUGGCUCUUUGCCUGGCAGAGACACUUUGUAACAUCCGCUCCUCCCCUCCAUAAAUGCCAAAGAGGUGGGUUGAACAGAGGGGUGCUGGUCAUUUUUCUUGGGGGCUUUGUCAUGUAUUUGGUGAAACAGCUAAAUGCCUCCUCAAUUUGUAUGCAUUUUUAUUCUGUAUAUUACAUGUUGUUAGUGUUCCUUUUUUAACGUUAUCAGUGUUGUACUGUUUUAAAAAUGCUAUAUCCAUCACGCUAUUGAAUGUUCUUUUAAUUGAGGUACUGAUCAUUUCCAAUUUUUCCAAUUUCAUUUUAGAACUGUGGGUUAUGAUGGGAGUAUGGAAAAUGUCUGAGGACUAUUUUAAAUUUUAAGGCAAUAAUAGAUAUUUAUUUUUAAUGAAGUUAUGCAAGUACAAGAAAUAAUUUGGAAAAAUGCUAAAUAUAUUCUACACAGCACAGAACAUUUAAUUCUUCUUCAGUUGAACUUCUGAUCAGACACUGUGCCUUAUUAAACAAGCAGGGCUGCUUUACAGAGUAGGCUCACAGUCGUGUUUUGUACACAUUUUUGUACAAAUAUGUAAAUGUUACAGCGGUUUUUGUUCACAUACUUCACUCUAUAUUUAAAUGAGACACACACUGACACUACACUGAAAUAAAUAAUCCCACAUCCAUAGGGCAACAUUCUUUCUAGCUGAAAUUAUUUUCUCUUCACCAUUUAUAAAAAGCAGAAAAGCUGAGAGCUGGAAAUGAUUAGUCUGCUGCUGAUCGAAGAAGAUUACUGUCAUGGAUGUUAGGAAGAGGAAAACCAGUAUGUUAAGGAGACUGCGGUAGCCUUGCAAUGAAUUUUAGACUAACCUGGCAUUAGUGCUACUGAUGCGCUGACUCAACCUGUGGAUAUCUAUUUUUCUAACAAAAUGUGCUGUACUGUUUCUCUCCCAGGCACUGAAUUAAAGUCCUUUUCAACCACAGUAACAAUUUGAGGUACAUCAGCAUAUACAGUAUGUCAAAUCAUGGUUUCCAUUGAACCAAAUGGUGUCAUCUCAUGGUGAAUCAUUACUGUACUGUGACCUUGAUGCAUGACCGGCAGUUUAAUGUUCUCCUCAAAGGGCUGCUGCUGUUGUUGACCCCACCACAUAUCGGCUUCUCCUACGGCAAGGAGAAGCACUGGAGACUAGUCACGAUCCUGGAAUGUCUAACUUUAGUACAAUACCUUGAAAAAUUGACAUUUGAUACCAUGGGGAAAAAUUGACACCCGACUGAGGGCAUAGCAUUUUACAUUUAAGCAUAGCAAGGCUAUAAGAUGACAACAAGGUACAACUUUCUUUUCUUGGCGGGUAGCAGAGAAGAGCAGAAUGACUGUAGACCUAGGGUGUAA